AUGCCAUUAAAUCUAUUACUCUUUGGUGCCCCUGGAUGUGGGAAGGGGUCUGCGAGUGAAGCCCUUGUGCGGGACUUUGGUUUGCUGCACAUCAGCGCUGGUAAUUUGCUGCGCGAUGAGGUUGAGCGGCAGACUCCGUUAGGGAAAGCGGUGGGAGUCAUAAUGAGUGAGGGACACCUCAUUCCAGAUGAGAUGAUUGUGAAGAUCAUAGUGCGUCGAGUCUUGCAACCAGAUGCCAAGGCUCAGGGGGUCCUUCUUGAUGGAUUUCCACGUACACUCGCUCAGGCAAAGUCUCUCGCAGCAUCUGGAUUUAAAAUUGAUGCAUUAAUUUUUAUUAAUGUGGAUGCUAAGAAUCUGGAGGAACGCUGUUUACUGCGACGACUUGAUCCUGUUACAGGUCGUGUGUAUAACUUGAGAAGUGACCCACCACCAAAGGAAAUUAUGGACCGUUUACUCAUCCGAUCUGAUGACACUAAAGAAAAACACCAGCGUCGGAUGCAAAUUUACAGAGAGCAAAAGACAUCACUCAUGAAGUACUAUAAAGGAAAAAUAGUAGAAGUGGAUGGGAACCCUCCAUUUCCUGUUGUGUAUGCUGUAUUGCGUUCUAAGGUUGAUGCAUUAUGUGAUAAAAGUAAAAAGAGUAAACUUUGA